UAUGGCCCAAUUAUAUGGUGCUUGAUUUUCUUGUCCAAUUAGGUCUAUUUUGCAGAGUGGUGAAUAAACGAUUUAGUACCGUUCCAUUUGGGCAGUGUAGUGACUUGUAUUGCUAUAUAUACUUCUCAAUUCCUCCCUCUUCUUCGUCUUCUUUCCCAUACUAUUCAUCCAUCACCACGCAUCAUUCAAGAUGUUGCCCUCUCACCCAUCCCAUCUCAUUGCCGUCACUCUCUCACUCCUGCCAACCAUCAUACUCGCCACCAAUUUCAAUUCCACCCAAACAUGCAAAAUCACACCUGCAGACGCCUCCUGGCCUUCCUCCGCCGAUUGGACAGCAUUAAACACAUCCAUCUCCGGAGCCCUCAUAAAAACUCUCCCUGCUGCCUCUUCUUGCUACACCGGAAACCCAUUUAACUCAACCGAAAACUGUUCUUCCGUCCAAACCAACUGGGUUCUCGCCUCAUGGCAAGCCAAUACACCAGAAGGAAUCGAUUAUCCCAUCUAUGCCAAUAAUUCCUGUCUCCCUACCAAUGCAACUGGGUAUCAAGCUGGUAAGGGCUGUGAGGUAGGUGGUUCUCCGGUUUAUGUUGUAAAUGCCACUACCGAGGAUCAAAUCGCUACAGCGAUGAAAUGGGCUACGGAAAGAAAUAUUCGAAUUGUGAUCAAAGGAACCGGUCACGAUUUGAGUGGAAGGUUUGAUCCCCCAUCCCUUAAUUUUCCCAACCCUACAAGGAAGAAAAUUAAAAGGAAGCAAAAAAGAAAGUAAAUAGCUAACCAAAAACCAAACUCGCAGAUCAAGCGGCGCCAACUCCCUCUCAAUCUGGACUCAAAAUUUCCUCAAACGAGAAUUCAAUUCUUCUUGGCGCAUCCCCGGCUCCAAUUCUACAGCCGAUGUCCUCAUCGCCGGGAGCGGAAACAAUUUAGAACUUAUUUACAACGCCGCUCAUGAGGCUGGGAAAUCAAUCGUGGGAGGCGAUGCCAAAACUGUCGGCCUAGGCGGGUAUCUCCAAGGAGGUGGCCACGGUCCCCUCUCAAGCCAAUACGGACUCGGCGCCGAUCAAAUCCACCAAGCUACCGUUAUUACACCCUCGGGCGAAAUCUUGACCGCGAAUGCGGAGCAGAAUCCUGAUCUUCUCUGGGCCAUUCGAGGAGGCGGUCCCGGUACAUAUGGCGUCGUGACUGAAUACGUUUUACAAGCACAUCCUGCAGUCGCUAGUAUCUCAUCUGUAAAUCUCGAGGCAAUUCCUCUCGGUUCCGAGAACGAUACUGCCGCUGCAACAGCAGCUUGGAAUGCCCUCGCAAUCCUCUUUCAAAACCUCCCUGAUCUAAUGGACACCGGUCUCGCAGGCGCCAUGACUGCCGCUACUGGCUCCGUCGCGAAAGCUUUUUCCGGUUCAGAAUCCACACCUCCUGGUGUAUACUUCUCACAAGCAUUCUACGGAUACAACAUCAGUAUCUCCGAAAUGACCACUCUCAUCUCCCCUUUAAUUGAGAAAAUAAAAAAUGUAUCUAAUGGAUCACUUUCUAUCAAUUACACAAUCACAGAUGUAUACCCUAGUUACCUCGACUUUUUCUACGCUAAUGAUCCCACCGAAGAUCAGGCUGGUCAGAUUUCUCUCCUUUCUACUCGUUUAUUGGGACGUGCGCAACUUUCUGAUCUCCCAAUGGAAACAGUAGCUGCAUAUUUGCAACGCGCCUUAGCAUCUCAGAGCGGGAGUGGAAAUGAAAUGAUAGUCGGGUUACAAGGAGGACCUGGUCCGGCUCAUGUUCCGGAGAAUAUGCGUGGUUCGCUGAACCCGGUUUGGAGAGAGACAUAUUUACAUGUUAUUACACUUGGUGCAACACUUGAUGAUACUUUGACACCUAAGGAAACACUUGCAAAUGCAGCAGAAUGGAUAGAGGAGAAUAGAGAAGCGUUAUGGAGAGAAUGGGCUCCAGAUAUGGGUGCAUAUAUUAAUGAGGCGAAUCCUUUUAAUACCGAGUGGAAACAUGAUUUCUUUGGCACAAGCUACGAUCAAUUGGCGGAAAUUAAGAAGAAAUAUGAUCCUACUGGGAGUUUGUAUAUAUUGUCGGGUGUAAGAAGUGAUGAGUGGGAUUAUGAUCUUGAUACAGGGAAAUUGUGUCGGGUUUGAGAGGAGUUUGUUUUGUUGGAGGAGAGAAAAUAAUGUUCUUUUGACAGUUGACAUUUUGGAAAUAAUAUUGUCUAAAGGAAGCCAAAGAAUAGGUUCGAUUAUAUUGUCUUUAGUACUAUUGCUUAAAGAUAGUAUAAAUAAACUAGAUAGCUUUGAAUGAGCAUUCUUUACUUUUAAAUG